CUCGUAGGUCUCAACUUCUGGUACUCUUUAUCCGUUUGAGGUUUCAACAAUCCUAGCUCACACAGAAGUCUCCUAUUUAAGGAGGAGCAAAGAGACCCUCCAUUCUGGAAUCUCUCUACAUUGGGACUCAACAUAAACAGUACGGGUACAGCCAUCAUAGAAAGAUGACCACAGAUGAAUCAAAUUCUGAUAUGAUCAUCGACUUGCCUGAUAAUGUUAUAGAUUGCAUCCUCUCUAAACUGCCAAUUAGAGAUGCAGUAAGAACCAGUAUGCUGUCCAAAAAGUGGAGGUAUAGGUGGAUUACACUUCCGUACCUUGUAUUUGCUUAUAAAGCUUUUUUGGGAGGUAAAGGUGAAUUCGAGGAGAAUAAAUUCGUCAAAUUCAUCAAUAAUGUUCUCUUUCUUCAUGAUGGUCCUAUACUUAAGUUUGCUCUUUCAAUCAGUUGCAUGAGGAGCUAUCCGGAAAUGGAUCAAUGGAUAGUUUUCUUAUCAAGGAAAAAUGUUGUGAAUUUCACACUCGAGAAUUGGAAUGGUGAACGGCAUAAAUUACAUUCUCGAUUCUUUUCUCUUCAGAAGCUCACCAACCUGAAACUGCGUAGGUGUAUAAUCAACCCUCCUGCGGAUUUUAGUGGAUUCAAAUGCCUCAGAAGCCUAGAGUUAUAUCGGAUCACUAUUGCAGAUGAUGCACUUGAGAGUUUAAUCUCCAGUUGCCCACUGCUCAAAAAGUUGAAAUUGUAUGGAUUUAACUAUGUUGAUCGUCUCAACAUUCAGGCUCCUCAGCUGAAAAAGUUAUAUUUCUUUGGUAAAUGCAAAUCCAUGUGCUUUGGAAAUACCCCACGUUUAGCUGAAUUGGAGAUUCGAUUGAAAAAACUACCUGAAAUUGCUGGACUUUCACUGCAUGAAAAAUCAAUCAAUUUGUAUGAAAAUGUUGGAUUUUUAUCAAGUGUUAAAAGGUUGUGUGUUGGAUAUCAUUUUCUUAAGUUCCUGGCUGCAGGUAGUGUACCAAAGAAGCUUCCAAUUACUUUGAAGAAUCUAAGCUCCAUUGAAUUAUUUGAUUUGCCUUUCGAUGAUUUGGAUGUAGUUUCUUGUACUCUUUUGUUGAUGCAAAGCUCCCGCAAACUACAUGAUCUAAAUAUUAAAGCUGACAGCAACUCUUCUGCUGACAUGGAAUCUGUAGUCAGGUUUUUGAUAGAAGAAAACUGCUCAUUUUAUCUCCGGAAGCUCUUAUAUGUAAAGCUAACAUAUUUUUCUGGUGUGACGCCUGAAAUGGAAUUCAUUAAGUUUAUACUUGUCAAAUCACCUUUGCUCCAGAUGAUGAUUGUUGAACCGAAUGAAGAUGAUCCUUUCUACAUUGAAUCAAGGGUGACGAAGGACUUGAUUCGCUUUCCUCGUGCCUCAAAAACAGCAGAAAUCAUAUACAACACAGCUGAAAUUACGUCUAGAGUUGGUUGAUUUAUCUACUUUUUUGCUUUGAAGGCUGUGAGAGAACUAACUUGAUUUAUCUACCUUUUUUGCUUUGAAGGGUGUCCAUUAGAAUGGGCUCUAGCACAGCAAGGGCUACAGGUUACGUUCCUACAUUUAAAGUUCAUAUUUGCAUUUUUUACUUGAUGGAAACCUGCAAUUUCACAUUCAUUUACCAAUAGAAGAAGACUUGGUGUAAGCACAUGGUUAGAUUUGCUACUUAAUCUUUCAACUUAAUCAUCUUAUUUGCUUUUGGUAUA